UGGCCAAUCUGUCAUCAGCUGCAAGCUCGUUACUAUCUUUCCAUUACCACUUCCUUUUAUACUCUUACACAUUUCAUUUCUGUGUCUUAUAAUAAUUCUAAGCAUUAUGGGUCGUGUUUUAUAGAAAUCUUAAGAUCUUACUAGCUAACUCGAGGGCUAGUUAAUUCAUUUUCCUUCCUUUCGUUUACCUCUUCUUCAUCCGCUACUUAUUUUCGCGAAUUACUUAACAUCUACCAUGGCGCGAACUAAACAAGCAAAGCCCGUCGAGCGCCAGCCCUCGUCCGAAUAUAUUACGCGCCAAAUCUCGACGCCUUCGAGGAAGAAGGAUGUUGCGGCGGUCCAGGCCAAUGGAGCCGCUAGCAAAUCGGCGGCGCAUACGAAGAAGGAUGCGGGUGUUACGCAGUUGGUGAUUGCUGUCGCUGGUAUCUAUGGAUCUUUCCUUACCUGGGCCUAUCUCCAAGAGAAACUUACCACGACACCUCACGGCGAACCGGGGGCGACCGAAGUCUUCAAAUAUCCUGUCUUCUUAAAUACCAUCCAAUCGCUCUUCGCCGCGGCGACGGGCGCAUUAUAUCUAUACUUCAGCACGCCGAAAGGACAAUCCGUACCGCCCGUUAUCCCCUCGCGCCGAAUCCUAUCCCCGCUCCUCCUGGUCGCGCUCACGAGCUCUCUCGCUUCGCCUUUUGGCUAUGCUAGUCUGGCGCAUAUCGAUUACAUCACCUUCCUCCUAGCCAAAAGUUGUAAAUUACUCCCUGUAAUGUUACUCCAUGUUACCGUCUUCCGCCGUCGAUACCCGUUAUACAAGUACCUAGUCGUCGCGGCCGUAACGGCGGGUGUUGCGGUCUUCACACUUCACACUGGAAAAGGUGGGUCGAAGAAGAAUAGCGUAACGGGAAAUAGCACUUGGGGAUUACUGCUCCUAGGGAUCAAUUUGCUAUUCGACGGUCUCACGAAUAGUACCCAAGACUACAUCUUCGGCGCAUUCCAACCGUACACGGGCCCGCAAAUGAUGUGCGCGAAUAACCUCAUGAGCACGGCCGUCACAGCUGCGUAUCUAGUGCUGAGCCCUUGGCUCGUACACACGGGUAUUGGCGAGUGGCUCGGUAUGGACGUCGCAGGAAGCGCGGGCGAGCUCGAAGCUGCGCUCGGAUUCAUGGGACGCCACCCGAGUGUCUGGGCGGAUGUGUUGGGAUUCGCGGCUUGUGGUGCUGUUGGGCAGGUUUUUAUCUUCUACACACUAUCUACAUUUUCAUCCGUGUUACUCGUAACAGUAACAGUAACGCGCAAGAUGUUCACCAUGAUCCUAUCAGUCGUGGCCUUCGGCCACCGUUUGACCAAUAUGCAGGUCCUAGGUGUGGGCCUGGUGUUUGGUGGUAUCGGUGUUGAGGCUGCUAUUGCUCGCCAGGAGAAAUUGGCUAAGGAGGCGGCGAAGCGGGAGAAGAAGGGUCAAUAAGUUAUUGUCCUUUCUUGUUAUACCCUUUUGACUCGUGCUGUUGGUCAUUUUAUGUUAGGUGAGGUACGUAUAUAAGUAGGUGGGAUACAAAAUGAUGAAUUGUAUAUAAAUCUUUGAACUCGUCAACUUAGAGUUUUAAGCAGGUUAAAUGCUUGAAAAUGGAACGGGAAAGAAGAACUAUGCUGAGUCAAUCUGUUGGUUGCCGAGAAUGUGAGCAUAGCCUGCGCUAGACUGAGAGUAACCAGUGAUUCUUAUAAAAGUUGCCUUCGAGUUUCUCCAGGUAAAACAUGCGGGCAUUGUUAUUAACCUAGAUUCAUUUUUGGUAUCUCGUUCACGAAGUGAGGGAAUCAUAAUUACAGUAUUCAAACCUCUAAUGUAGUAGCAGAAGGGUACAAGGCAUCAUUAAUUUACAAUCACA